AUGCGUGGCGGUCGCCAAAUCGAUCGCCCCGAAGUGACGGAAGACUACCGCUGGCUGGAGGACUGGUCCGCGCCAGAGGUGAAAGCGUGGAGCGCCGCGCAGAACACGUACGCGCGCGGGUAUCUGGACGGGCUGACGAACCGCGUACAGGUCGAGGCCUCGGUGCGCGGCAUCCUCGAAAAGCAGUCGGUCUCCUACCGAAGCGUCGGCGUCGUUGCCGGCAAAGUCUUCGCGAUCAAGAAACAACCGCCCAAGCAGCAACCGUUUCUCGUGGUGAUGAACAGUCUCGAAGCGCCGGAAUCGGCGACGGUGCUCGUCGAUCCGAAUGCGAUGGACGACAAAGGUCUGACCUCGAUCGAUUGGUACGUGCCCUCCCCGGAUGCCAGCCACGUCGCCGUCUCCAUCUCCAAGGGCGGAACCGAAUCUGGGGACGUCAGUAUCUUCGAAGUCGCCACGGGCAAGAAGGUCUUCGAAACGUUGACCCGGGUAAAUGGCGGAACGGCCGGCGGGGACCUCGCCUGGAACCCCGACGGAAAUUCGUUCUUCUACACACGGUACCCGAGGACCGGUGAGCGCCCCGAAGCCGACCUGAAGUUUUACCAACAGCUCUAUCUGCAUCGCCUCGGCGACAAUCCCGCGAAGGACACGUACAUCCUCGGUAAGGACCUCCCGAAGAUCGGCGAGAUUCGGACGCGUGUUCAUGGCGCGAGCGGCCGACUGCUCGUCACCGUGCAAAAAGGUGACGGCGGUGAGUUCGAACUUUACCUGCGCGAAAGAGACGGUCGGCUCCGCAAGUUCAGCGAAUUCGGCGACGGUCUGCUCGCGGCCUCGUUUGGCCGAAGCAACGAUCUGUAUCUGCUGUCCCGGCAAGGCGCGCCGCGCGGCAAAGUCGUUCGGAUCGACAUCGAAGCGCUCGACCCGUCAAAGGGCACCGUCCUCAUCCCGGAAACGUCGGACACGAUUGUUGAAGACUUCUGGGGCCCGCCGACCGUGCUCGUCACGCCGACGCGGAUCUACAUCGACUACCAACUCGGCGGACCGUCCACGAUUCGCGCCUUCGCUCACGAUGGCAAAGCGGUCGAUGGUCCAUCCAUCCCGGACGUGUCCGCGGUGCACGGCCUGCGUUCGGCCGGCGAUGACGCCAUCCUUUUCACGCGCGCGAGCUUCGUCGACCCGCCCGCGGUCAUGCAUUACGACCCGAAGACCAAGGUCACCACGAAGACCGCACUCGCGAGCGAGAGCCCGGUCGAUCUGUCGAAGAUCACGGUGGUGCGUGAGUUCGCGACCUCGAAGGAUGGCACCAAGAUACCGAUCAACAUUCUGCUACCGCCGUCGAUCGACAAGAACGGCAGGAACCCCACCGUCGUCUACGGGUACGGUGGGUACGGCGUGAACAUCACGCCACGUUUCCGUCCUUGGACGGCCGCGCUGUUAUCCCGCGGCGUCAUCUACGCGGUUGCCAACAUUCGGGGUGGCGGUGAGUUCGGCGAGGACUGGCAUCGACAGGGCUACCUCACCCAGAAACAGAACGUGUUCGACGAUUUUGCGGCCGCGGUGCAGCACAUGAUCGACACCAAAUACACGUCCAACGAAAAGGUCGCGAUUCUUGGCGGAAGUAACGGUGGACUGUUGAUGGGCGCAACGCUCACGCAGCACCCGGCGAUGCCCAAGGCCGUGGUGUCCCUCGUCGGGAUCUACGACAUGCUGCGCGUGGAGUUGUCGUCGAACGGGCAGUUCAACAUCACCGAGUUCGGAACCGUCGCGAACAAGAAUCACUUCGACGCGAUGUACGCGUACUCGCCGUACCAUCGGAUCAAGAACGGUACGGCGUACCCGGCAACACUCUUCCUCACGGGCGAAAACGAUCCGCGCGUCGAUCCGAUGCAAUCGCGCAAGAUGACCGCGCGGCUUCAGGCCGCGAAUGCCGGAAGCAGCCGAAUCCUUCUGCGAACGAGCAGCGACGCCGGACACGGCGCGCAGACCGGUUUGUCGGAGCAGAUUGCCCAGUACACGGACAUCGUGGCUUUCCUGCUGGAGAAACUCGGCGCCUGA